GCGUGGCGGCCAGGGCCCGUGGUCCGGUCGGGCGCGGGGCCUAGGGGCCCGUCUCCCCGCCCCGUCCACUGCGUCCCGGCGUCCUCGCCCCCUCCCUGCACGGGGCCGGGCGGCCGAGAAGCCCCCACGCUGUUCGUGGGGACCCGCCGGGCAGCGGGGCCGCGCUCCCGUCCGGCCAGAUCUUACAGCAGUAUGUGGCUUAGAAGGGCUCCAUCAGCCAGUCCAGGGCCUCGGAGCUCGCCAAGGAAGCUUCUAGAACUCGGACUUCUGCCCAACCCGCCGAAGGCGGUGUGGGGAGGCUCCCGCCGGGGGGUCGCGGCGCCUUUAAGGACCCCGCCCGCGCAUCGGGUAGCAUGGUCGUUGCUUAGUAACAGGACGCCGCUCCGCCGCCUGCUCCUUCUGUGUCCCCAGAGCGCGGGGCGACCGAGGCGGGAUGUCGGAGGAGGACCCCCAAGCGUGCGCGGAGCCAGAGGAGCCCAAGGCCGGGCCCCCGCCGGAGAAAACCAGCGACUACUACCGCGUGAGCGAGGACCUGCCGGCCAGGUUCAACAACCCGGCCUGGUUUCGGGGCUACAGGACCAAGGAGCCCCUCUCAGUAUACAGGACCAGCAACCAAGCUUAUGGGAGCAGAGCCCCCACCGUGCACGAGAUGCCGAAGGUGUUUUAUCCAAAUUCGUAUAAGUUUUCCAGACAAGUUGCAGCGGGUGGAAUGUUCCAGAACAACACGCUCAAUGUCUACAUGGAGAAGAGCAUCGUGACGGGUCCCGACAACUACAUCACCUCCUACGACCGGCUCAACUUCCACCCCAGCUACAGAGUCUGCAGGCCGUCCAUCUGUGACUGAGGGGCUCCCGGCUCCUCCGGACGGCUGUCUGCCUGCCCCAGUCCUUGGUGGUUCGCCCCGUCAUAAAGGGACGCACUUGGCGACUUUCCCGGAAAACACCUUUCCUCUCUAGAUCAGCCGGCAGACGGGGCAGCGAUGCUCUGCUUUCUCUGUUUUACACCUGAGACGAGAGAGCCGAUGGCUUGACUUUCCAUUAAAAAUCUUGCCACGUCCUCGGUUCCCGAGUCAUCUGCGAUCCAGGUGCAGGGCACUGGGCGUCCUGAGACCCCGAGCUCGGCCUGGAUGCUGGGAAUGCCUGGAGUGCUCCACCUGCGUCUUAAUCAGGAUGCAUCUUUGUUUUUAUCCUCAUGACAGAUUGUGGGGUUUCUCUGUUUUCAAGUAGCCUGCUGGGCCGCGGUGGGAGGGUCAGAUCAUCUGCCUGGGGUGUGGAUGAGAGCCGGGUGAGGGAGCAGGGGCUCCCUGGAGGGGGGAAGGCUCCAGGCAGGACCGGGAGAGCCCAGGCCAGGCUCAGAGCGACCCUGGGCACUCCCUGGCCACUGGGCACUCCCUGGACCCUGGGCACCCACUGGCCACGAGCAAGGAGUGACCCUGAGCACUCCCUGGUCACGAGCAAGGCCCAGGCGGAGGCAGAAAGAAGGCUGGCUUGUUGGUGAGGGGCAGUGUGUGCCUGGGGGCUCCCUCCUUGGUGUUCACCCAGGGAAGACCAUCGCUGGUGAUAACCACACGGGGCUUCCCAGGUUGGGCUCAGUGAUAAAGAAUCCUGCCCACGCGAGAGGUGUAAGGGACGCGGGUGUGAGAGGUGUAAGGGACGCGGGUGUGAGAGGUGUAAGGGACGCGGGUGUGACCCCCGAGUUGGGAAGAUGCACAGGAGGAGAAAAGGGAUUCUUGCUUGAGAAACCCCAUGGACGGGAGCCUGGCGGGCUACGGUCCGUGGGGUUGCAGAGAGUUGGACAUGCCUGAGCCUCUGAGCAGUAACUACGUGAAGUGGGUGUCUAUCUCUGUGUACUUACUUGUCAAUCAACAUUCACUAUGGUUUAGACCGUCCUCAGUGAGCAUUUUCUGGGGCUUCCCUGGUGGUCCAGUGGUUAAGAAUCCGCCUUGCGGUGCGGGGGGACUCGGGUUCUAUCUGGUGUGCCCCACCCGUGAGCCCACGCACCGCACUACAGGGUCUUCGAAAAACCCCACGUGCCGCAGCGAUAAAUCUGCCACAACUAAGACCCGAGGCAGCCACAUAGUUAAACAUUAAAACCAUUUUCUCCAACAGGAUGUAUGUUCCAGACAUCAAUCCCGCUUCCCUUAUGACCACUCGCCUUGGGAAACCUGGGAGGUGUUGGGACCAGAGAGAUGAAAUGGUUAAAGACUUGCGCUGCUUGUUUACUGAGGUUUUUAUCCAAAGAGAGUUUUUACCUCACGUACGAAUUCGGGAGGAAGUGAAAUACCAUGACAGGUUAUCUCUUUAUUAAAAACUUUGUGAAGCAAAAGUAAGCAUUUCAGCAACAUUCUUAAGGUUCCAUUUGCGGUGGAAAUGGUUUCUGGAGAAAAUCAGCCCCUUGAAUUGAAGCGAUACAAAGCUGAGGCUGGAGCCGGGGUCUACUGAGAGGUCACAUCCUUUUCCUCUGCUGGAAAACCAGCGCAGACUCCAGGCAUCAAAAGCUGAAAGUGCAUUUUUCACAGCUUGUCACCAAAAAUAGCAAAAUACUCAGAAUGCUUCUGCACUCUACCUCUGUUGAAAUACAAAAGGGGGGAUAAAAAGAGCGCAUAUCAGUCCAGUUCUGAAGCUCCACGGAAGAGGAGCAUCGCUUCCUUCGCGCUGGCCGGGAGCGCCGAGUGCUCAGGGCGGACGCGGCCGUCCGGCCCGGGACUGUCUGCCCCGCAGCCUUGACCGGGAGCAGGGCACUCCGGGGCGGGACUGCGUGCGACGGCCGGGGCCCAGGCUGGGCCGGUAAGUCGAGCCGACGUCCACAGACACAGGAGGUGCCAAGCGCGCCAGUGAACUUCAGCGGGUUAGUGCUGGCAUCAGAGUCCGGUGGUGCAGUGCUUUCAUUCAUCCUCACAGCCGGUCACCAGCGUUUCUGAACCAGUUGCUAAUGAGUUAAUGGGAAGUUAGACUGUACAGUGAAUAAAUGUCUGGAAAGGUGGACGACAGAAAUACCUUUUGUAUCACGCACGUACCCGUCUUCCUGAGAAGUCACCCACCGCCUCCGGCUCAAGCUUCCAGUCCGCACGCCCUCCUGGGGCCUGGGCCCCUGCGAGCCGCCCGUCAGCCACGGGUCUCCCACCCAUCUGCUGUCUCACGGUUUUCAAAGGGCUUCGCCGGCGUCGCCUCAUCCGAUGCUCAUGCCUGCAGCAGGUCUUACUCCACCUCCCUCUGUGGAGGGGGAAUUAGGGUCCAGAGGGGCUGCCCUGUCGCAGGCCCUGGGCCCCCGUCUUGGUGGUGGAGCGGGGAGGGUCCUGGGAGGGACAAGGUCAUCAGCGUCGGACCCCAUAGAGCCUCCCGGACUUCCUAGCUUUGCAUGAAUCAUAGAGGAACUCCAGUGAUUACCAUGAACUUUAUCCUUUUAACAUAACUUUCAGACUGCAAUCUUUAUGUGCUGAGGGAAGGGAAAAGAGUUUAGAUUGACAGGAUGAUCUUUUUUUUUUUUUUUUUGGACAGGAUGAUCUUACGGCACAAGCCCAUACCUUCUAUCCGGGGUGACAGCACACAGAAUGGUUGGUUGAAAAAUGGAAAAAAAUCACAUUUCUGACCGCUGUGCUGAGAUCUUUCAAAAUCUUAAAUCUAAUCAGAGCAAUUACGGGAAAGGGGAUCGAAACACUUAGGGUAACAAACACCAGUUUCUGCUGAUUAUUACAUCAACUGCACGGCCAUAGAGAAACCCUGUCUCCACUCAGGAGAUGCUGUAUCUGGCCUCUCUGCUACACUCUUAAAUGAAACGUUGACACUUUCACGGCGCUUUUCUCAUCGCUUAAUUUAGCUGCUGAGUCGGCCUAAAACCAGGAACUUCUUACUCCAGAAGUGUAUUUUCAUGUGUUUCCCUAUUUUUCUUCAGUGAUAUUUCAUCUUUUAGUUAUAGUUAAUUAGAAUAAAUGGUUUCAAAUACAUAGUAAAAUAUGUUGAUGUUGGGAAGACAAAUCCCUCUGUCCAGCACACGACACAGCAGAGAUCUCAAAGAUUCAAAAUACAAAUAAUGUAUUCCGCUCCCCGGCAGCCUUGCCUGGCACUGGCCUGGAGGUGGUCUGCAGCAGCGAGGGCAGCAUCUGUUGCUGUCUGUCCCCGUCUACACCGGCCCUUAAGUGAAUUCUGGGGAAGGCGUGGGAUCAAGGUGGCAGUGCUCCCUACAUGAGCAGAUGAAGUGCUGGGUUUAAGCUGAGUGUCCGGGCACCCGGCGGUCUAGUGGUUAGGAAUCUGCCCGCCGAUGCAGGGCACAAGGGUCGGGUCACUGGUUCAGGAGGCUCCCACACGCCACGGAGCACCUAAGCCGGGAGCCGCGGUGACCGAGCCGGCACGCCUGGAGCCGGGCUCCACGGCAGGAGAGGCCACCGCAGUGAGGACCCGGAGCACCGUGACCAGGGCAGACCCCGCUCGCCGCCACCAGAGGAAUCCCAUGAGCAAGCAGCAAGGGAGGCCCAGCAAAGCCGAAAGAGCACCAGAAAUUAAAAAGAGCAACUAAACUCAGUGCCUGGGUGCCCAGGCUCCGCACGUGUGUCUCCGCUUGAGAAAACCUGCUGACAACUCGGACUCUGAGCAGCAAACCUGGGAGUGACUUCUCUCGAGGAAGACCCUGUCCUCUGUGCGGACGGGCGGGUGGUGAGCAUUGGCCGCUCACCCCCGGGGCUCUCCCCUCCUCCCACUGCACUCCUGCUGUGUUAGGACUGCUGACGUGGGGUGGUUCCUGCAGAAACCCAGAGCAGCAGACCUCCACAAUCGGGUCUCCCCUGCUUUGUGUUACGGGAAAUGAACCUGUGGCCCAGCAUGCAGCCUCCUCCCUCCGCUGGGAAGCGAGAGGGGCCCUUGGGGUUGGACUUCUCUGUAGGCCCCCCACCUUUUAAGUCUUUUCCUUCUGGCUGUCGGGGUCUUCGUUGCCACGCAGGCUUUACUCCUGUUGCCGCGAGCGGGGGCUGCUCCCUCCUUGCCGCGCGUGGCUUCUGUUGCUGAGCACCGGCUCCGGGGCCCUCGGGCUUGUCGCUGCGGUUCCCGCGCUCCAGAGCUCAGGCUCGGCAGCCGUGGAGCCCGGGCUUAGUUGCUCCGUGACA